CGACGCCGAAGAUGGCCAUACCAGUGGAAGAAGGCAGUCUCCUGCAUGCACCGUCGGAUUCCAAAUACACGUCCCUGACUCGGCAGUCCUCCCUGUACAAACCGCUUGAAACGUACGCGCUCGACAAAGAGAAGCAUUACCAGCAGCAAUAUGGAGACAUGUAUUUCCUUCGAUUAGCAAAGCUGAAGCCUGCUGUGGAGCGUAUCGCUGCUGAAGCGUGGGAUGGAUUUCAGAUUGCGGGGGAGACGGUGGAGAGGGUCGACAGGGUGCUUGAUGUGAGGCAGGGCAAGUUAUGCUGGGUUGCGGGGACCAUAUAUAUGGAUAUGCCACUAAAACCGAAUAUUCUGGAUGAUAUUUCGAAGGAUCACUGGACUACAGUACCACCGCCACGAGAAAAGUAUGUGUCGCCGUCUGGGGAGGACCUGACAAUGUUGGAAGAUGAAUCAGGACGAAUACGGCUGAUUGGAACACCAUUGUCUCGCGAAAUGCUUGUUACGGGAUGCAUCAUUGCUGUCAUGGGAACUGAGAAUGCCGACGGUGAAUUUGAAGUUGUGGACAUCAGAGUGCCGGAUCUCCCCCCUCAGUUGGAACGUUGGCACACAUCAGACGCGUCAGCCGCUAAUGGAGUGAAAACGAAGAAAGCAAAAGCCGAAGACGAGGACGUGGAAAUGGAUACGCCUGCUCCUGCUCCGGGGGGCGGUAAGAAAAUUGCUAUUGUCUCGGGUCUAGGCUUUUCUGGCACAAAUGCAGAAAACUCUCUGGAGAUCGAUCUUCUAACGGAGUACCUGCUCGGAGAAGCACUAGAUCCAGCGAUGCAAGAAAGUGCCUCCCAGAUCAGCAGGCUUAUAAUAGCUGGCAAUUCCAUAGCCUCGGACGGCGAAGCCGUAUCGCACGAUACUAUAGGCAACAACCGGAAAUCACAGAAGAAAUAUGGAUAUGAUAGCAGCGCCUACAAUCCUGCGCCUAUAGCACAUCUCGACAAUUUCCUAGCGAGUAUACUGCCAAGUAUGCCAGUUACGUUGAUCCCCGGCGCUACUGAUCCAGCAAAUGCCAGCUUCCCUCAGCAGCCGAUACAUCCUGCUAUGUUCCCACAUGCCAGAGCGUACGGAUCCAUCCCCCCUAGUGCCGGGGAAGAGAAACAGCCAGGAUGGUUUGAUGCGGUUACAAAUCCCUUCGAUGGUGAGAUUGAGGGCUGGAAGGUGCUUGGCACGGGUGGACAAAAUGUUGAUGAUGUGUUCAAAUAUGUCGAGAGCGAGGACAGGUUAGGUUUGAUGGAAGCCAUGUGCAGAUGGCGGUGUUGUGCGCCCACAGCUCCCGAUACUUUAUGGAGCUAUCCAUUCCAAGAUGAUGACCCCUUUGUUCUAAACUCCUGCCCACAUCUGUUCUUUGUGGGUUCUCAGCCUAAAUUCGAUACGGCAUCCAUUGAGGGCCCUGAUGGCCAAACAGUUCGAUUAAUCGCGGUUCCUCGAUUCGCGGAAACCGGGGAAAUUGUCCUGGUGGAUUCGGAUACCUUGGAGACUUCUGUCGUUAGAUUCGCUGUCUCCAGAUAGAAUCCAAAGUCCUAUAUUGCCAAGAUCACGUUUCAAAUACUUGCCUCACCGUUU